UGCUUGUUGUCAAACAUCAACAAGAAAUUAUACCAUCUGCGGGGCUUGCAACACAAACACUCGGCGGCGGACCUCUUCUUUCACAACUUGUCUCGGCGUGCCACGUCCAACAAAUUCAACACUUCCAACACGUUCAACACUUCCAACAACAACAUGAUGCAGCAAAACCCAGCAGACGAGAGCUUUGCUCAUCUUAGCCGUCUGUCGCAAAAGGCUGGUGUCCAGGCAACUCUUAUCCUCUCUCGCGAAACUGGUGCUAUUGUCCGUUCUUCUGGUCUGGUCUCGCGCGACGAUUCUUCAAAUGCAGAGAGCACUUUGCCUGCCUCUAAUGGUCUGACGGACGACCGAACAGAUGGUGCUAUGCCGAAUGCUGAGCACGUGGCUGAAGUUGUCUGGAAGUUUGCAAAGGCUGCCGGCGAUAUGCUGCAGGAAUUGUCCAACUCGCCCGACGAUGAUGUGAGGUUGCUCAGACUGCGCUCCAAGAACAAGGAGUAUGUCAUCUUUCCAGAUGCCAAGUUCAUUGCAGUCGCUAUUCACAACACUCCUCCAGCAUGAGGGAAGUAUCAACGAGGCGACAUCGGCUUAUCAGAUCUGCCAAGAAUCCUCCUAAAAUCACACCACCACCCA